CGGGCGCCGGCCCUGUCCCCCCUGUGCGCGGUUCCCCCGCCUCCGGCCUUGCUGGGGGACGGGGGGCUCCCGGAGGCCCAUCUCCAAGGCUCCUGAUCCCUGGCAACGCCCCCCAGCCGGACUGUGUAGGCCUCAGUUUCCCCACUCCGCCAGGGGGGAGCGAGCAGCAGGACUGUCCGGCCAUGCGCCGCGCCCCCCUGGCCGCCCCCCAGCCCAGCCCCUCCGUGUGGGACCUGGUGAAGGACCACGUGCCUCCCUCCGAGAGGGCCGAGGUGAAGACGAUCCUGGGAGAAGCCGCCGUGGACCUCAACCUGGAGCUGAGGGCAGAGGCCCCACGCAUCUUUAUUCAGGUGGAGACACUGCUGGAGCUGUUGGAGGAGGAGCGCUCUGCCCAGCCGGCCCGCCCCCCACCCCCCUGCACCCUUCUGGCCCCCUCACCACUGGUCAGGGAUAUUGUGAAGCAAGAGCUGUUUCUGCUGCUGGACAGUCUCCGCCGUAAGGCCACCCAGGAUGGCAGAGACGGGGAGGACGUCCUGGCCCAGUACAGCCCGCGGGUGGUGCGCUUUGCCCUAGGGCUGGGCCCUGAAGCCGAUGCCAAGGGUGAUGAGGGGAGACCGGAGAUGCCCGCUCUGCAGAAUGCAGCCAUUGGCAACGAGCACAGCACUUGGGACCUCGAUUCCAUUAAGGAUAAGCUCAACUUGUCCGGCAUUGACCAGGUCGUGCAACAUUUGCGAGGCCUCUUGGAGGCGGAGAGUCAGGCCCUUGAACGAGACAUCUCUGUCCUGCAGUGCUGCUUGGAAGAGGCUCACAACUGGCCCCCAGAGACCCCAACUACGGCCCCUGAGCCCACCUUAGCAGAGCUGAAAGAGGAGAAGAGAGCCAUGGAACGGGCCCUGUGUGGCAAGACCCAUCCCUCAGCCCUUCAGAAGAUGCAGCCCCCGGCCACCUGUGAGCUGUGGGGCAGGCCUGAGGCAUCCAGGAACGUUGCUGGUGCAGGAGAAACCCCUCAGGGUCCCAACCGCAGACCCAGGGGCCAAGGAGGUGCCCCUCCGCUCCCCACUUCCUUAGGCAGCACCCUUGGGCUCCUCCUCCAGCCCACAGGGCCAUUCCCGCUGGCCCCCUGCCCCCCCAAGAGCCCCUCCCCACAUCCCCCGGCUCCACAUUUCCAGGCCAGGCUGCCCCUGCAACCCGGCCCACCCUGCAACUGGGGGCGAUGGGGGCGGCGGCUGCAGCCGCGUAAUGUAGGGGAAGGGCUGCCCCAGCUGCUUAGUGCUGUGCCCCUGGCUCCAUCCUGAAAGGGGACAGACUCCCACCUCCCACCUGCAAUCCCCGACUCAGGCCUCGACCUCCAGCGGAGCUGACCUGGGGUUGGGGGCCGGGGGGUGCAGCUUCCCAGUGGAUUGGGCCUGGCCUGUCAAAGGUCCCAAGUCUGUCCUGGUGAGUCAUCUGUCAUGGGAACACAGGUAGGGAUGGCCAUUUCCAUAGAAUAAAGCCCCAGGGGACC